AUGAUGGAUGAAAUUCGACUUCAAGUUAAUGAACGCUCUCGAGCGAAAGAUAAAACAACUUCGAAAAGACGAAUACGUGUGAAGGACAAUCACUUAGUAGCUGAUGUUUUCUUUCAAAUAACAUAUUUCGAAUCAUUUGAUCUUGAUCUUGAAAUCGAACCACACACAAUUCGACUUUAG